GGACCUGCUGCCUUCCAUGAGGAUGAAAUAGGGAAGAGGAGAACAGAUCUACUGGAAACAGGUGGAAAGCAGGAGAGCUCCACAGCCAUAGGUCAGAAUCAGAGAGAGGACCAAGAAAGUUCUGGAGUGACUGGACCAGCGUCAGCACCACAGUCAGCCAGACACCCACCAGUGAAGCAUGAGGAUCCUACAUCUAACCCUCGGAAAGGAGAAAACAUCCAACCAUCAGCUGAAUUGAAAACGCCUAUUCCCUUUAGCCCAAAUCGGAACAUAUGUAGCUGCCCCAUCCGCCCCCACCACUCUGACAUCUCCUGCCCCUUCCUUGCACCUCAAGAGCAGUCCCUGCCCAGGACUGACACUGUGGAGAGUCUUUCCCCUGAGGUUAAGAACAUUCCCUUUCACAGCUCACAUCAACCACCAAAACUUCAGUCUUCUAACUUGAAGAGGAGCCAGCUUCAGAAGGCCUCUGGUCGGGCCGUAACACCAGCUCGCCAUUUGUCCUUGAUCAGGCCAUGGAGUGUGGAGUCACCAGGAAUGUUCUCCUUGCUAAGACCAAGCAGCUCCACCACACUGCCCACCUCCCACUAUGUAGAGACCCAGGCUGAAGCCUCCGGCCUCUCCUCCAACCUCACCUCCGUCCUCCCUUCCAACCUCUCCUCCGACCUACCCUCCAACCUCUCCUCCGACCUACCCUCCAACCUCCCCUCCGGCCUCCCCUCCUCCUCUGACCACCGAGAGAGUCCAGUCACCUUGAGACAGCACAUUUCAAGUAGUCAUCUCACCUUGUUCCCUGCCUCUGACCUACAAUGUUUCCCACCCCAGAGCCUCAACAGAAUCCUGCCUCGUACUACACUGCCUCAUUACCCUCUUGGAUGUAGGGCCAGAUUAAGCUCAUCUUUGAUAUUUAACUCUCUCCCCAUGUCUAAGAACACUUUAGAUACAGCAACUGAGAGUCCAAAAUACCCUAACAGGUCCAAGUCACUUGAUAGACAUUUAACCAAGGCUGUAUCUAUGGAUACAGCUGGUGACAAUCACUCCCCCUACUCGCCACCCAGUAACACAAGAUGGAUGUCAUCUUCUGAGAGAAUCAACAUGUUGGCGAAGCAGCAUAACUUAGCAGCCCAGGUUGGUUUAUCAAAAGCCAUCAGCCAACAGAGGAUUCUGCAGACGAAUGCCUCCGUUCAAUCUAAUAACCAAAGAAUGUUCAAGUACCAUGCAUAUUAUUCAGGUGUAUAUGACACAGGUCCCAGUCUGGCAGUUAAGACUCAUUCUCUCUCCAGCCUCAGCUCCAGGGCCUCUCACAGGCUUCAGUCACAUCUUCACAGCCCCCCAGUUUCACCAGAUCAUAUGACUGAUCUCACCAGAUCCUAUGGUGGUACACACAGUGCCCCAGCAGACACAAAACAGUUGAUGAUAGGGGAAAAAAUAAAAGUGACUGGUUCAGAGAUUAUUGAUAGUGAAAUACAUAAUAUCAGUGGAUUUAAAUGUCAGACUUCAAAUAAGGAUUUGUUUGCAUCUCAGAUUAGAAAGAAUAGCUUGGGCCCGCCUGCUCAGGACGCAACUCUUAUCUCUGAUAGGACUGAAAAAGAGCCCACUGGUUACAGAAGCAACCGGAAAGUAGAUCAGAUACUGAAUCGCCUCAGACUGAUAUUCAGUAGCAAACACAUUGAGGAAAAGAGUGUGUUGUUUGGUAGAAAGGGGAAAACGGUGUCAUCAACACUUGAGGGAGCUAGUGUCAUCAGUGAGAAUAGACGGACAGGGAAGAGGUCUCCAGAGGUCAAAGAAGUGCUGAAACCCAUUGACCUUCAACGUAAUGUGGCAGGUCAUCUAAGACAACAAAACAGAGGCUGCAAUGGGCUGACAAUAUCCACAGUUAAAUUAGCAUCCAAGAAUGCACAGUUAGAUAUUCAUGAUAAAGAGAGGAACACAAUAUCAACUGAGAAAAAUGGAAACCCAUCGCUGUCAAAAGAAGAAUUAAGUCGAACAAAUCCUCCACAUUCACCCUAUUUUGGGAGUCAAUCCCAUAAGGACUCUGGAAGUUCUAGAACCAGUCAUUUUAGCCUAAACACAAAGAAUGAAGAUGUCUUCUCUAGCUCAAUGGGUAAGGACAGUAGAUCAGAUAGUAGUAGAACUGCCUGUUUUAAACCCACACAGCUCUCAUACUCCAACAACUCUCCAACCACUACUGAUUUUGGCCUGAAACAUGGCCGCUCCAUCUCUGUCACCAACAUUUACUCAAACCGAACAUCAAGAAACAGGCGCAUCUCCACAGGAACUGAUAUGGCCCCCACAAGGUACCUAAGGAGUCUGGAGGAUAUCAGAGGGCCAGGGGACCUUGAUCGCCCACCCAGGACCCUUUCCAGAGCUUUCUCUAGCACUCAGAGAACCUAUAUUAGUCUAAUAAAAACAGACAGCAAGAGCCUGACAUUGCCUAUGCCUCUACGGUUCAAUGAGUCAUCGACUUGGCACACAGAGAUUUUAAACUCACUUAUCAUUGAUCAGAAGUUGCAAGUCAUUCAAGGCCCCAAGGAACUACUGCCCAUCACUAGCUCCAGUUUGUCAGACUUUGAGGAGUAUGACUCAGAUACAACUACAGAUGGAGAGUACUACUUGAGCAGUGAUGAUUGGGAGAAAGAGUCAAUACUCUAACAAAGGGUGACCGUUUUGAGUAACAUUGUGCAGAUAUUUAAUGUUUUUGUGAAAAUCAUUUCUUAUUGGCCUAUGUAUUUAUAGUUGAAAAACAUUAAUAAAACAAAUAAUGAAUCUGUA